AUGGACAAUACGGCGUUCCGUACGCCGCGUGCUGGUGAUGACCGGCCGGAUCUGCUGGAGCUGAAGGACGCCAAUGUCUCCAAACCUGAGAUACUGCGAAACGAGUCCUUGCAUCCCGCCAACGAGCCCAGUGGAUGGCAGGUGGAGUAUAUUGCGUGCUACUUUAUCAAGAACUCUGGCAGAGAUCCCUCCAAGGUCGCCGCAGCCAUUGCAUCCUACCUCAACAUCGGCCAAGACGACGUUGCGACCCGGAAACGCAUCGAGCAGCGCAUCUCACCCUUUGUCGAGACGGUACUCCCAAAUCGUACUCUCCGAGUCAACAUCGCCGGCAAGGAACAGCAAACCUUCGGCCCCUCCUCCUACUCCGGCAUCAGCGCCGGGCUCUUCCCCCUCUACCACCAGCCAGCAAUCGGCCACACCUUUGCAACCCACGCCGUCCACGAACCGCCCCCCUUCAGCCUCCCCAGCACGACCGUCGUAGCCGACGAAACGGGCUGGGGCGUCAUCAGCGACAUAGACGACACCAUCAAAGUCACCAUGACGCCUUCGAUUACCGGAAUCCUGCACAGCACCUUCGUAGUCGAAACCCCGCAGCCCAUAACCGGCAUGCCGGACCUGUACGCCCACAUGGCCGACAUAUUGAAAAUGCCCCCCUUCUUCUACCUCUCCGCCUCGCCCUACAACCUGUACCCCUUCCUCCGCCGCUUCCGCGACGCCCACUACCCGCAAGGCACCAUCAUCCUGCGCGACGCCUCCUGGCAGAAUCUAGGCGGCUUCAUCGCCUCCCUCCGUCAGAACACGCAAGCGUACAAAGUCAGCCGCAUGCGCCGCAUCCACGCCUGGUUUCCGCACCGCCACUUCGUCUGCCUGGGCGACAGCACGCAGUCCGACCCGGAGGCGUACGGGGAGAUUGCACGUAUGUUCCCUGGCUGGGUGCGGGCGGUGUUUAUUCGCAAGGUCACGGAUAUUGCGGAGCCGGGGAUGGCGGCGAAGAAUGCGCCCGAGCGGUUUGAGAAGGCGUUUAAGGGGUUGGAUCGGGGGUUGUGGCAUGUUUUUACGGAGCCGGAGGAGUUGAGGGCGAGGGUGGAGGAGUUGGGGAGGGAUGCGGAGGCGUUGGUUGGGGGGGGGGGUGUAGUGGUUGGACGAAGUCAUGAUGUUUGA